GUUCUCACACCUUUGAGUUGGAGGCUAAGACAAAAACAGUGUUUUAUGGUGCACCAGCAGUUAUAACAUUCCGCAUCCCCACAAAGGCUGCUCUGCAGGCAUACUCAACUCCAAUCCUUCCUCUUGACAUACUAGCUGAUAGACCUCCUCAGAAAAAGUUUGAUUGGGCUAAGAGUUGGUUGGUAAAAUAUGGAUCUUUGAUUUCUGUGGUCUCAAUUGUGGUUCUGUUUGUAUACCUGGUUGCAACCCCAUCAAAAUCCAGUGUCGCAAAGGGAACCAAAAAGAAACGGUGAAUGUUGGUUCCACAACUUGGUCUUUAUUCAAGCAAGGAUGCAUAUCAAGUUGGACACCUUCAGUUUUAGUUCUUUUGCGUCGUAGGUAUCACAGGUUACCAGUUUAGAUUUACACUACAACGUCUGAGGAAUUGAUCAGUAAACUGAAUUGUUUUUUCUCCGCAGAUUUCUAGGUUACAGAUUCACUGUAAGAGAAUGUUGAACAUAGUUUUAGUCCUUGAACAACAGAUCAGUCGCCUGUUUCUUGAGCAGCAACGAUUCAUUUUCUUAUGGUUC